ACACGAGAUUUCGUCGCGAGAGAAUAAGGGCCCUUUCACAUCUGUUCGCACCACUGCGUUGACGCACCUUCAAACCUUGUUUGUUUAACUUAAUCGUGCGUUGCUGCGUUAACGCAUCAUUUCGACGCACUGCGUCAACGCAACGAAUUCUCGAGGACACAUUCUUUUGCGUUGACGCGCUGCGUUAGUCGAGAUUUGAAUUGGAUUCAGGUGUUUGUUCUGUGGUUUGGAGAUGACAUUAAGCAAAAAUCAACGAUUGGGUUUACUGUUGUGGUUGAGAAAACGGGAGGAUAAAAAAAGGAGAUGGAAAAUAAGAAGUUAUAAAUUCCUUGCGGUGGACAUUGGCGCUUACGGAAGAGCAAGUGAUGGGGGAAUAUUUGCAAACUCCUGUUUUGGGCGUCGCCUGCAGAAUGGAACUUUGAGUCCACCCUCACCAAGGACAUUGCCAUUAACGAAUGGGCCAACUGUUACCUUUGUUUACCUUGGUGAUGAAGCGUUUCCACUGAAAGAAUAUUUGAUGAGACCAUUUCCUGGCAAUGGUCUUUUGCAAGAGAAGAAAAAUUUUAAUUAUCGCUUAUCACGCGCAUGACGAAUGGUGGAAAGCACAUUUGGAAUAUUAGCCAAUCAGUGGAGAGUUUAUCAGUAGGCCUACCUUUGAAGCCCAGCAAUAUUAACUCUGUUAUAAAAGCAACAUGAAGCCUCCACAAUUUUUUGAGGAGAGAUGUUGAUGGAGCUGCAACAGUUGACGAAGAUGUGAGAGUGGUCACUCAACUGCUGCAUGACAUACCCGGAAGUGGUGGCUUUGCAACACAGAACGCUCGCUCGGUUCGCAACUACUUUUCGAGGGAAGGUGCUGUGCGCUGGCAAAGGCACCAUUGCUGAUCUUUGAACAAAUGUAUGGGCGAUUAAUGAAAUAGAGAGGUGUCACAAGUCCCAUACGCUAGUACAAACUACAAAUAGUUCGAACAAAUGUUUUCAAAUAUUUUUAUAUUUCCCCAAAUUCAAUAUUAUACAAUAGCUCGUGGAUUCUAACUUUCGCCAGUUGAAACCGUUGAACUGGUAGCCUGCAUAGAGUAUCUACCAGGCUUAUUGCAAACUUUUUAGCAUCAACACUUUCUGUAUGUGAAUAAAGGCAUGGUUAUUACAUUGAAAA